AUGUCCACAUCCUCAGGCAAUCCAAGAGUCAUCGCUAUCCUUGGAGCCACGGGGCACCAAGGCGGUGGCGUCCUUCGGGCAUUGCUCAAGUCCAAAUCGUGGAUUGUCCGCGCUGUCGUUCGCGACCCAGGCUCGUCCAAGUCCCAGAAGCUCCUGGCCGAGGAGCAAACCGAGGAUGGCCGGUUGGACGUUGUUGCCGCACACGUGUACGACAUCGAGACUCUGCGAAAGGCAUUUGCUGGCGCCUUUGGAGUCUUCGCCAUGACCUGGGAGUCGCAUCCCGACAAGAUGAUAGUCGAGGAAGAGGAGAUGCAACACGAAAUCGAGGCCGGACGCAACAUUGUUCUCGCCGCCAAGGAGUGCAACAUUCAACAUUUUGUCUUCAGUAGCCUGCCUGACAUGAUGCAGGCCACGUCUGGCCGGUUUCCUAAGCUCUACCACAUGAACAACAAGUAUGCCGUGGAGAAGAUCGCCAGGGAAGAGCUCCCAGGAAAGGUCACUUGUCUCAUACCGGGUUUCUUCUACACCAAUUUACACUGGCGACAUUGGUGUCGACGCCAGGAGGACGGUGUAGUGAGGUUCUCUUGUCCAAUUCCGUCGGACCAGGUAGCCCAGUUCACAGAUCCGGAAUAUGACAUGGGCUCUUUUGCAGCGAGAGUAUUCGAGUUGGGCAUCGAUCGCACGCGCGACAAGACCUACCUCGUCCUGAGCGCCCGGGUCACGCCGCAGGAGAUGGUAGAGACCUUCACGAGAGUCACUGGGCAGCCAGCCAUCCACUCCCCAACAACAGCCGAGGAGUUUGGCAAUAGCACGGCUCCAUUUGUCGGACCAGCCUUUAAGGAGGACGCCAAGCAGAUGAUGGAAUGGGCCGCUAUCACUCCAAAGAACAAGGUCGCCUACGGGUCUCUGGAUCCAGAGGCAGACCGCUCCGCCGAGGAACUUGGACUGGCUGCUAGCUCAUUCGAAGAGUGGCUGAAGAGGACUGGUUGGACAGGACCGGAUCGCGGCAUGACCAACCGUGCCAACGCCGCUCGGGACCUUAUUGCCCUGUUGACACCUCUCAUUAACGAAGAGGAAGGGCCAGCCUUGCCCAAAGCGUCUAACGGCACUUCCCCAGUUCCCGACCGCCGCAAGGUCCUCUCCGCCGUCGAGUCGCUGCUCCACACCUUGACCCCGGAGAAGCCCCUGUACGCCGCGUUCCAUGAUGGCCAGGUACAUGAUCCGCUCGGCGGCGGUUCUUACGCCUUCCGGGAGGACCUCGUCAGACCUCUCCUGGAAGGUCUCGUCCACGAUGAAGCCCGCAGUGAUGGUGAUGUCCCGGGGUCCAAAGCACACCGAGCCUACGACAUGCCUAGUCGCCCCAUCGUCAUCCACGCAGGAGCACAGCCGAACAACUCCCCGCAUUGCGGCACCCUGAUUGUCUUUUGCUACGCCUUCGCCGUCGCUCGAGCGAUCCGGGAUCGGAUGCGGACCAUGGCCGCCAACGCUGAGGUUGUGUGUCAGCCACCUCCAGUGUCGGUCGAUAUAACCUUUGUCGACACCGCACCAGUCAACGGGGCGGGCAUGGAAGUGAACGGCAUACACUACCAAAAGUCAUACCGAGACACCCCGAGCGCCUCCACUGCGUGGACGGGCGACUACCACGAAGUCCUCAGCCUUCUCUCCACAUGGUCCGACAUCCCCGUCACGACCACCGUCCAGUCCGACUUCUUCUCCAACCCCUUCAUGCCGCAACUGCUCGACUACAUGGUGACCAACCACCACACGCUCGGCCGCCAGCUCUCCCCCAAGUACGGCACCCUGGCCCUGCGCGCCGCCUGCCCCGUCGCCGGCUGCGGCCUCGCCGAGAAACACGGCCGCCUAAACCAAUACACCAAGAGCACACCCAUCCCAACCAACACCACUACCGUGACCAAAACCAGCGAUAUCACCCCCCCACCAACCCCCACCCCCCCAGCAACAAUAACCUUCCACUGCCCCCACCACGGCCCGCACACCCUCCCCCUCACGCCUAACCCCCUCACCCUCUCCCGCCUCGAAGCCAACGCGCCGACCCGCAACCUCCUCCGCAGCAUGGCCCACCUCCUCGACACCAGCACCCACCACGUGCGGGUCACGGGCGCCGACUACGCCGGCGGGUACCAGGAGGCGAUGCUAUACCGUCCGCUGGCGGAGUGGGCUGCUGCUGGUUCUGAGACUGGUGGGGUGGGGGUGGGGGUUGGGGGGGUUGGUGGGAGGACGCCGCAUAUCUUGUACGCGCCGCUGGUGGUGGACUGGAGCGGGGCGAAGCUGUCCAAGUCGCUGUACGUGCGGGAGGGGGGGUAUGAGGGAAUGCGGCUGUUUGGGACGGAGGGGUUGGGGAGUUAUCGCGUGCUGAAGGGGGUUGUGGGUGGUGCUGGUGGUGGUGAGAAUGGUGGUGGUGGGGAGGAGGAGGGGUUGAGGAGGAUUUGGGAGGAGGUAGGGCGGUGGGUGGCGGAUCCGAGGAAGUUGUUUCGGUGUUAUUCGGUGGAGUACUUGAGGCGGGUUGUUGUUGAGGGGAGGGGGUGGGAGUGAGACGGGUUUCUGGCUUUUGGUUGGUGUUGCGGGGGGUGGUAGAUGAUGAUGUUGAUGAUAAAUGAUGGGUACCAUCUUUGUUGUGCAAAGUAAUACAGUCGACGGCGCUCCGUGGCUGGAAGCGAUAGACGGCCGCUCAGAAUAGCUUCUUCACCUUGUCGUCCCGCCCCUCUUCGCCCCCCCACCGGUCCUCCCAC